UGACCAUGAAAGGACACAGGAAAUAUGUUAGCUGUCAUAACUGCUGUAGGGGCAUGGCAGCAUGCACCAUUACCUUUGCACCACAGCUAUGCCUGUCCCCACGGACAGGUGAGGGUGGGCAGACCUGUGUUAACAGACAACACUCCUCACUUCCGCUGCCUGGUCCACAACACAUCUCCCACCUUCUGUGUGGUUUUCACACCUGGGUUACCUGAUCAGCCCCAUGUCAACGCUGGAGACCUGCAUAGUUUUCUCACCUGUAUGGAUGCAGUGUGCAAACCAGCAUCUGGAGUUAAACACCGCUAACCCAGGUGAUAUUGCUUUCCUCUAAUUCGUUUGAUUAUUUGCUCAUCAAACAAACCAGAGAAGGCGAGAUAACCAGAUCUAUUAAGAGAUAGCAAACUUUCAUUUACCAUGAGUCUUUCAGAGAAGACAGUUUAACAGCUCUGAGCCUGUUACCUGUAGUACAUUGUUUAAUAUUCCCCAGUGUGUGGCAUGCUGCUCACAUACAUGUACAUGUAGUGUUGUAUGAUCUGAGGAAGUUACACAACAGUCCAUGCAGAGAGAGACAGAAUCAGGUGCUCCAAAGAUCACAGAGUACGUUGAACCGUGAGGUGUUGGACAGAAGCAUCACCUGCACAGCAUCACUACUGACGUACCCGGAGUGUUGGGAGACAGUUUCGACACUCAGUCGUCUGUGUCUGCGUGCCGUCUCCUCUUGACAAGACAGACCCCAGACCCACUGGUGAACGAUCCCCUCUGAAAUAGCGUAAGUGGUUCACCUCUCCGCUUGGUUCAACUGCAAAGAUUCUGCCCGGAGGAUUACCUGCCUUGUGUAGACUUCUGCGAACUUCUGAGGUGAAGUCUAUCUGCCAAUUAGGAUUACUCUCAACAAACCCACGUGCAGGUCUGCAAACUCCACGACCCAGAGAACUCCUCCAGGGAUUGCACAAGUUCAAGUUAAACCAUCAGGUAUCUCUCCCAGUCCUCCAGCCUGGGAAACUUAAGAUGACUUCAGUUUGUUGACUUUUCCUCAGACUCCUUGUGCCACGGUCCCAGAGGGAUUUCUCUGCGCCAGUUCAAGUUAAACGGCCAUUAAAUCUGGUUAAAGACUUGGACAAGCCGUUAAAGGACGCCCUCGUAAAUCCUGAUUCGUCCCCGUAAAUUACUCCUUGAAAAUUUGCAAGAAAGCACAAAAAGAGACUUUUUUGGCCAGAGGACAAAAUACUUUAUCAUUUGCAGCGCUUAUUAAGUCUGAAGCGUGGAUCAAAGUGAGAAGUGGCUUGCACAGGAACCUGAAUGGAAGUAGACUGAAUGAUGGAAAAGUACCGUGCAUACAUCUGUGCAUCUGUGACAAUGUUGCUGGCUGUCCUGCUUCUGCUGCCACAUGUUGGGGACGCACAAGGCCUGUAUCCACGGAUGAACCCCUUCUUUUUCCUCUGUAACUACCAGGGCCAUGAGCUGGCAGACUUCCAGACAGGGGAAGUGGCCCUCUCUGUGACAAUUGAAGGAUCUCCAACAAAAUAUGUACCAGGGGAUGAGUAUCAAGUGACCAUUAGUUCCAGUGCUGACUUCAAUGGGUUCCUGAUCACUGGCCUGUACACGUCCACCUCCGCUGUACAGUCCUCCCAGCUGUCCGCAUUUGGCCUGAGUGCCAUCGGGAUUUCUUCCACCCAACCAUUCGGCAGCAACUUCAUGUGCUCUAUCAUGCACACCCACAUGAGCCGGGCUCCAAGGUCAUCCUUGACUUUUCUGUGGGUGGCUCCACAGGCUGGGACUGGGUGUGUCAACUUCCUGGCCACAGCUACCCUUGGUUCAACAGUCCUCUUCAAGGAUAUGUUAGCAUACAAGAUUUGUGAGGAUGGAGUUCCAACUGAAGCACCAGCCAGGCCAUCCCUAGCUGUGAUACAUGAAGAUGGGGUGAUCCUCAGGGACGACUUUGACUCAUCCACUGAUAUCAACACUGAUAUUUGGUCCCAUUUAUCAGGAGGACUUGUUGGUGACCAGUGUGGAACUGUCCUACAUGACGACUCCCUGGUCUUCUGUGAACCCAAAGGAACCAGACAGUUGAUAUCCAAACCACUGAAUCUGACUACAGCCUCUGUUCUUCAGUUCUCCAUCUCGGCUGGGACAUGCACAUCUGAGUCACGUGACCCCAGUAUCAUGAUUUCAUAUGCAACCUUCAAUCAGGUAGACUUGGACUGGCACAAGGUCAUUUCAUUGAGAGCUCCCACCAAUGGGAGUACGAUGACCCACGUGGUGCACCUACCAGCGGAGGUGCAACAGGACGGCAUCUGUCUGCGCUUUCUCCAGGAGGCCCCUCAUCUCAGGUCAGAGUUCAAGGGAUGCUGGGCCAUGGACAAUGUGGCCAUCAUCAAUGCUGCAGCCAGACCAACCUAUCUGGAGGACAGCUUUGACCCCAUUGACCCUGGCAACUGGCUCUUUCUUCCUGGAGGUGGAAUAAAGCACACCUGCCAGUCCGAGGGAGAUGCCAUGGGGUUCUGGGGGACAGGGGAGGAUGACUGGAACUACGUGAGUACCAGGGAUCUGGACCUGCUGGUGGAGGCAGACAACACAAGCCAAGUGGAACACUUUGAGGAGAAACUGCCAGAGGGCUGGGAGGUGGAAGGAGGCAGCAUCAGCACGUUCUGUGGCAUCCUCCACUCCGGCAGCUCCCUCAUCUUUGCUGGUGCUGACAAACGGUCCAUCUGCACUCCUUAUAUGGACACCAGGGAUGUGGGCAAUGUCAGGUUCUACUUCUCCAUGGGUGGAGAGUCAUGUGACCCAGCAGAGUCACCUGACAUGGAAGUGGAGGUGUACCAAUCAGACAGCAGCUCUGAGCUAGUGCUGACCAGGCUGGCUUACAAUGCCUACAAGAAGGCAGCUCUGGUGUCUGUGCCAGUCCCCACCAGUGCCCAGAAGCGGUCCACGCGGUUCUGCCUGCGCCAGCUCGCUCACAAAGGGCUGAACAGGAACGUCUGGGCAGUGGACGAGUUCCAGCUGUUGCCACGGUUACCAGCAUCUGUGGACCACUUUGCUCAAUUCAGUGUGAACAUCGGCUGUGGCAGCCAGCAUGAUGCUUACAGCAUCAAUGUUGAGUAUUCUUCAGACCACGGCAGACACUGGUCCCUGCUGCAGACAGAGUGCCUACCAGGAACAUGUGUGGGAGCCCACUGGCCAUACAGCACAGUGUACUCUUCUGACACUCACAGGGGGUGGAGUCGGAUCACUGUGCCCCUGCCGUACGCUGCCCUGACCAGCUCCACCAGGCUUAGGUGGAUCCAGCCUCACUCAGCCUCACACUCCCGCUGGGCUCUAGACAAUGUGUACAUUGGCUCCCAUUGUCCCGACAUGUGCUCAGGAAGGGGCCACUGCAGCUCACAGGGGUGCAGAUGUGACCUUGGCUAUGGAGGGCCUGCCUGCGAGCUCUCUGCAAGAAUCAACCCCAAUUUUCUCUCAGAGUCCUUCAACGGCCGCCAUCUGCACAACAACCCCAACUUCCUGUUGUCUGACGGUGGGGUGCUGGGGUUCGGCUGUGGGGUGCUGGCCAGUGGGAAAGCUGCAGUGUUCAGCGGGGAAGGGAGGAGACAACUGGUGACUGCAGACUUGGACAGCACCAAUGCCAAGUUCCUGCAGUUCACCAUAAGAAUCGGUAGUAACUCUGUGUUGGGGUCGUGUCGCCCUCCUAACCGACGGCAGGAAGGUGUGCUCCUCCACUUCUCCACUGACAGUGGGGUCACCUGGCAGCUCUUGAAGGAACUGCACUUUGAUGAAUACAAGGAACCCAGAAUUGAGUCCCUGUCCCUGCCAUCAGAGGCCCAUCACCCCCAUGUCAGGUUCAGGUGGUGGCAACCCAGGCACUCAGGAGCCAAUCAGGACGUCUGGGCUCUGGAUGAGGUUACCAUGACAAUAGCCCUGUACAACACCAUCAGUCUGGACUUCAGCAACCCGCUGGAUGUCAAUAAUGCCUUGAGCUUCCACCAGGGGGUCAUAGGUCACCACUGUGGCAGAGAUAAUACUCUCCUAUAUGCAGGCAUGUACGAGAGGGACUUGGUGCGGUAUGUGGAGACCCAGUCCAUGCAGAUUGGUACUUCCUACAUGAUCCAGUUUGAUCUGGUUAUGGGCUGUGGAAACCAGUACAACAACACCAUAGACAAUAGGAUCUACCUGGAGUACUCCAUCAACCAUGGUCUGACCUGGAAGCCAGUUGUGCAGCAGUGCCUCCCUCCCAACACAGGCUGCUCCCAGUACUGCAGCUCCAGCCAGUACCACCCCUCAGAGUUCAUAGAGUGGGGAAGGGUUACACUGCCUCUCUCAAGACGUACAUGGUCCAGCUCGACUAGGUUCCGCCUGCGCCAGUCCUACUACUCCCCGGCUGACACCUGGGCCUUGUCUCACCUGUACAUUGGGCAGCAGUGCCCACGCAUGUGCAGGGGGCACGGGCACUGCCACAACGGCAACUGCAGAUGUGACCCAGGCUUCAGUGGUUCGUCGUGCACUCCCACCGCAAAGCUGUCCAACCACAUCCGGUCAGGGUUUGACAGUGAGGUCCUUCUGCAGGCAGAUUGGCUGGUCAUGCAGGGUGGGGCCAUCACCCCUAGCAACGAGGGUUGUGGUGUCAUCAUGUCAGGAUCCUCUCUGUACUUCUCCGGGGAUGGUGUCAGACAACUUGUCAGUCUGGACAUGGACACCACAGAGGUCAACUUCAUCCAGUUUUACAUCCGGCUGGGAGGGGGUGAUCCCAAAGAGUGUAACAGCCCAGACAGAAGGGAGGAGGGUGUGCUGCUGCAGUACAGCAACGAUGGAGGCAUCUCAUGGGAGCUACUGAGGGAACUUUACUAUGCUGACUACUCCUCUGUCAGAUUUGUGUAUGUUCAGCUGCCACCUGAAGCCAUGACCCCCAUCACUCGGUUCCGCUGGUGGCAGCCCCAGCAUUCUGGGCAUGGCUUCGACCAGUGGGCCCUGGAUGGCAUAUACAUAGGGAACACUGGCAGUCAGGUGUCAGAGAAUGUGGUUGGGGAUCUAAGUGAUCCUGUGUCUGAAGUGUGGAUGGAGGUCAACAACGGCGCUCCUGGCAAGUACUGUGGGUCGCAGGACUCUGUGCUGCUGUUCAACACAGCCGAGGGGAACCGAUUUGCCAUCACCAAAGACUUGGACAUAAGGCCCGGAGAUGUGCUGCAGUUCAGAAUGAACAUUGGCUGCACUGGAUCUUUCACCUCUGCUUACCCCAUUCUGCUGGAGUACUCCCAUGAUGCUGGAGUGACCUGGUCCCCAGUCUCUCAACCCUGUUUCCCAGCAACCUCCACUGGGCAGGAGUGUGAUGGCAGCAACUGGGACUUCCAUGAAGGCAGCACCUUCUACCAGGGUGACUACAAGGACUGGAGAACUGUUGUCAUCCAGGUGUCUGAGAGGCUAGCUGCCCACCGCAGCAGGUUCCGGUGGCUGCAGCAGAUAGAGAGUAAUGCAGCAGCUCCAGUGUUUGCCAUUGAUGAUGUGUAUGUGGGGCCAGCCUGUCUGGAUAUGUGCAGUGGACAUGGUACCUGCAGCAGUCAGCAGUGUACCUGCCAACCUGGGUACAGUGGCCCCACCUGCACUCCAAACACCCCUCACCCAGCUGGCUUCAGGGACAGGUUUGAUGAGGACUACAUCAGUGCAUGGUGGGAGUUUGUACACGGUGGCCACCUGGGGACAGGGUGUGGUGCUAUCGCUGAUGGAAACUCGCUCUACUUUGAUGGCCAGGGAACAAGAGAAGCCAGAACAGUGUCGUUGGACACCACAAGUAUCAAAGUUCUGCAGUUCUUCAUCAGAAUUGGCAGCACCAAUGAGAAAGCUAGUCGCUGCCUUCCUCCAAAGUCUCGCAAUGAAGGAGUGAUUAUCCAGUACUCCAAUGACAAUGGUGUGACCUGGGUGUUACUGAGGGAGCUGGACUAUGCCUCCUACAGUCAGGCACCUCAGUUUGUCAACAUUGAACUACCUCUGGCUGCCAAGACCCCAGCCACAUCUUUCAGAUGGUGGCAACCACUGUUGGAGAGAGAUGCUGAUCGUACCCAAUGGGCACUGGAUAAUGUCCUGAUUGGGAUGAAUGACACAUCCAUGUUUGGUUUCUAUGACAACUUCAGCCCCAUGCAUCACAACUCCUGGUACAUGGUACAGAACGCAGUUGUCAAGGCGACCUGUGGGUCAGCCGUGGGUCUGAUGUUUACCAGUGAUAGAGAUUCCCCCCGGUAUGCUGAGACUAUAGACUUCCACGUGACAUCCUCCACCUUCCUGCAGUUUGACCUGGUGAUGGGGUGUGGGGACGUGUACACGCCAACCUCUCAGGUAGAGCUUCAGUACUCCCUCAACAUGGGGCGGACAUGGCGACUAGUCUGGCAGGCCUGUAUCCCUCCUGCUAUUGGCUGUGACUCCUACCAGGUGGGCUCAGUCUACAAGUCCGAGGCGUACAACAACUGGACCCGUGUCACUGUGUACCUGCCACCUGCAGCCAGCUCACCAAACACUCGGUUCCGCUGGACACAACCCCACUUCAACCCAUCCAAGGAUAUGUGGGCCAUUGAUAACAUCUAUCUGGGGGACGGAUGUCCAUGGAUGUGCUCUGGGCAUGGCAGCUGUGACAAGGGGGUGUGCCUAUGCGACCCUGGUUAUGUUGGAAUCUUCUGUGUACCAGAGAGGCCCUUACCCAGGCAGUUGAAGGACACAUUUGAUGGUGACAGUUCCAGCAGGCAGUGGUUACAGGUACUUGGAGCCACCAGGGGGUCCUCAUGUGGCAUCCUGGCAUCUGGUGCAGCUCUAGUCUUCAGGAAGGGUGGCAUAAGAAUGCUGGUGACCCAUGACCUUGACUGUACCCAGAGUCAGGACAUCCAGUUCACAUUCCAGUUUGGUUGCACUGACCAAUCACGGACAGCCCUACCAAGGUCUAGGGGCAUCCUUCUACAGUAUUCCAACAAUGGUGGCAUCACAUGGCAGCUCCUACAGGAAAUGUACUCCAUCAGUUACCAACCUGCUCACUUCAUCAGCAUCAACCUGCCAACAGCAGUCAAAACUAACGCCACACGCUUUCGCUUCUGGCAACCAGAACAUUCAGGAGCUGGAAGAGAUGUGUGGUCCAUGGACAAUGUCUUCAUCGGUGGAAACAACAUAAACCCCACAGUUCUGCAGGAGAACUUUGACCCCCAGCCCAAGGAUGACCUCUGGCUGUUCUACCCUGGAGGUCAGCCGGGCAGCUUCUGUACAGACAAGGAUGAUGGGAAGGUUAAUUCUCCUGGUAACAGCAUCUCCAGGGGAGACUAUGGUUUCCGUGAUUUUGAUGCGAGUGCUCUAAAGACGCCCCGGACAGCACUAGUCUUCUCCAACAGAACUGUGGAGGGGGAACGCUCCAUCGUCUCCAGAGAUAUAGAGGUCACAGACAACACUGUGCUUCAGUUUCAGAUAAAUGUUGGCUGUAGCACGUCUGGAUCAGAACGAGACCCAGUGAGGUUGGAGUUCUCCCGUGACCACGGCAUGACCUGGCACCUGCUGCAGCCGCACUGCUUCGGCCACGCCAUGGUCGACCCAGCCUGCCACCACCAGCUGCGGGAGGCCACGGUGUACUACAGCGGAGCCACUGCAAACUGGCAGCAGGUGGUCAUCCCUCUGGCUAACCUACAUCUGUGUGGGACUGCUAGGUUCCGCUGGUACCAGGGUGUGUUCUUCGCCCGGGACCGCCCUGCCUCCUGGGCUAUAGACGAUGUGUACAUCGGCCCGGGCUGCCCGGGAAUGUGCAACGGGCAUGGUACAUGUGUGAAUGGUGCACACUGCCAGUGUGUGCAUGGGUAUGAGGAACCCAACUGUUAUGCAGCCGUGCAGAAUCCCACCUUCCUAAAGGAGUCUUUUGAAGGUGACAUUGAUGGUAGCAAGUUCCUGCAGUGGAGUGGUGGUGAGAUCACCAGGAAGUGUGGAACCCUCAUUACAGGCAGCAGUCUUCACUUCACCAGCUCUGGGCUCAGGAUGUUAGUCACUGUGGACUUGGACCUCACUCAGGCAAGUUCCCUGCAGUUCUUUAUCCGGCUGGGGUGCAGCCUCUCCACCCCCUCCCCCAGGAACAACCCUGUCCUCCUGCAGUACUCCACCAAUGGGGGCCUGACCUGGAGGGUCUUGGAGGAGAUGACCUUUGGUAACCAUAGCAACGCUCCACAGUAUAUUGUGAUUGAAAUCCCUCAGCUGGCCCGAAGCAACAGCACCAGACUGCGGUGGUGGCAGCCGUCAGAGAGGGGAGUGUACCUGGAUGAUUGGGCUAUUGAUCAGAUUGUGAUAGCUGGAGAUGUGAAUGGGGUCCCUGCUAUCCAGUCAGACUUUGCUGGAGAAGGAGAGACCAACUGGAUGCUGUACCCUGGCAGCAUCAUGGAGCCUGUCUGUGGGUCAAAGGGCAAAGCUCUGCACUUCUCAGGCAAUGACAAGAUGAGGUAUGCAGUGUCAUCAGAUGUGGUGGUGAAUGAGUUCACAUUCAUCCAGUUUGACCUGGCCAUGGGGUGUAAGGAACAGGCAGACUGCUACGGAGUUGAACUGGAGUAUUCCUUGGACAUGGGGAAGAGCUGGGACAUUGUGCUGAGGGACUGCCUGCCACUGGAUGUGGACUGUAACAAGUACUACCUCAGGAGUGUGUUCACAUCUGAUGUCUACCAUGGGUGGAACCGGAUCACACUGCCACUUCCGCCUCACACAAGAUCCCGGUCCACCAGGUUCCGCUGGAGACAGCCUGAUGGGUUUGACCCCCAGCAGAGCUGGGCAAUCACUAACAUCUACAUCGGAGACGAGUGUAUGGGCAUGUGUUCCGGACAUGGAAGGUGUGAUGUGGGCAUCUGCAUCUGUGACCCAGGAUGGAGGGGGGAGCACUGUGAUGUAGGUGUGCACACUCUGCCACGUCACCUGAAGGACACCUUCACCACACCACCCUUACCCACACGCUGGCACAGGGUCAACGGAGGUCAGCUCAGUCAGCACUGUGGGGUGGUAGCCUCAGGACAGGCCCUGCACUUCUACAAGAGCUGCACCAGGCAGUUGGAGACGGUUGACCUUGACCUGACCUCUGCUCAGUACAUCCAGUUCCAUUUCCUGUACGGCUGCCUGAGCCCCCCACAUAGCAGGAACCAGAGUGUGUUCCUGGAGUUCUCCACCAACGGGGGCAUCACCUGGCACAUCCUGUCUGAGCUCUUCUUUGAUCAGUACAAGACACCAAGUUUUAUCUCAGUGAGCCUGCCUCCUGGUGCACAGUAUAACGCCACCAGGCUGCGAUGGCGACAGUUACAGCAUGGAGGAUACGGCCAGAAUGACUGGGCAAUCGACAAUGUCUUCAUAUCAGGAACAGAGCCUUAUCAUAACCAGCUUAAAGACAAUUUCAACAAGGGUUCCAUGAAACACCACUGGCUGUUCUAUGACAACACCGACCUUGGAGACUUCUGUGGAUCAGGGAACAAUGUGCUCAUUUGUGGCCACAUGCCAUCAGAGAAUGUUUCUGUGACAACUCAUGACAUCAUCCCUGAACCGGGGAGUAUGGUUCAAUUCAAGAUUUCUUUGGGCUGCAAUGCAAGCUGGGAGUAUGCCGUCCACCCUGUACACCUGCUGUACUCUACAGACUACGGAGUCAGCUGGGCUCACCUUGUUCCCCAGUGCCUUCCCUCUAACCCACAAUGCCCUGAGGGAGUGAGCCAGCCCUCUGUGUACUACAGUACCGAUGGCUGGCAGAGGAUCACCAUCCCCAUACCUGACUAUCUGCUGUCCAAGUCGAUCCGACUGCGCUGGUACCAGGAACGGGAGGACAGCAAUCCCAUGAACCUCUGGGCCUUGGAUGAUGUGUACAUCGGCCCAUCCUGUCCAGCCAUGUGUCACGGACAUGGGCAGUGCCGUUACCCAUCAUGCAUCUGUGAUGAAGGCUACACUGGAGACUCGUGCAAACCAAUAGCACCUCCUCUGACAUCAAUGAAAGAAAGUUUCCACCAUGGAGUGUUGCUGAGUGACCAGUGGCUGUUCGUGGAGGGUGGUCAGCCAGGACAGGGCUGUGGUGUGCUGGCCGAUGGAGAUGGGCUGUACUUCAGUGGACCUGGUCUGAGACAGGCGGUCACCAGAGAUAUGGACCUGCGUGGGUCAACGUUUCUUCAGUAUCAUGCCCAAAUUGGCAGUGAAGAUGACACAGCAGAGUGCAGAAAACCCAGAGCCAGGGAAGAAAGUGUGCUCUUACAGUAUUCUUUGGAUGGUGGAAUAACAUGGAUCCUGUUACAUGAACUUGACCAUGAACACUACACCAGCCCCCAGCAGGACUACAUCACUCUGCCGCCUGAAGCCAGGACAGCCAGCACCCGGCUCAGGUGGUGGCAGCCAGUCGGCAGGAGGAACCAGCAUGUGUCCAUAGAUGACCCUAUGGCUGAGUGGGCCCUUGAUGACAUCAUGGUGGGUGGAGCAGACAUCAAUCCCAGCAGCAUCUGGGAAACUUUUGAAUUCCAUCCCAAUGAUGCAUUAUGGGAGUUCUGGCCAAAUGGAGCAGUCUCAGAUGAGACGUGUGGAAAUGUUGGCGGGCUGAUUACUUGGACCAAUCAGCAGUCAGAUGGAACAUCCAACACCAUCACCACGAUGCCUCUCAUAGUGUCAGAGGGAUAUGUGCUACAGUUUAAGAUUGUUGUUGGCUGUGGGAUGAGUGAUGAAGACAGCUGUGCCUCCAGCCUCCCUGUGCUGCUGGAGUUCUCCACAGAUCCCCAGUACAGACACUGGGAGCCGGUCCUCAGCGAGUGUCUCCCAGCCAAUGACAACUCCAUCGACUGCAUCCCCUAUCACUACCACGGACAGAGCAAGUUUUCUGCCGAUGACUUUGGGGCAUGGACACGAGUCACCAUCCGCCUUCCUGACAAGGUCAUAUCAAGUAUGACUCAAUUCCGCUGGGCUCAGUUGACCUCUAACCUCCAGCUGGCCCCACAGUGGGCCAUUGAUGAUGUCUACGUGGGCGAGGCUUGUGAUGAGAACCUGUGUGGCGGCCAUGGGCACUGUGGGGAGGGGGGCAGGUGUGCUUGUGACGAUGGGUACCAAGGUGAGAGAUGUGAACCAACUGCAAACAAAGUGUCUAACUAUUUGAAGGAAGGUUUUGAGACUGGGACAUCGAUAACCAAGUGGUCUCAUGUCCGUGGUGGAGCCAUCGGGCUGGGCUGUGGUUCUCUUCGCCCAUUCGGACAGGGAAAGUCUUUGUACUUCGAUGGCUGUGGGGUCAGGGAGGUACGAUCGGUGGAACUGGACACAACAAAGUCCAGCAAGAUCAUGUUUGUACUACAAAUUGGCAGUCGAGCCCAGACCUCUACAUGUAACAUCAACCUCAACUCUGCCCAAGCACCAAACAAGGCAGUAGUUCUCCAAUACAGCACUAACAACGGUAUAGACUGGUACCUCAUUAAGUCACAUGACCCGGCAGAGUUCAUGCGGCCACAGCGAGUCUCGUACAACAUACCACAGCCUGCCAGAACGCGUGCCACGGUUUUCCGUUGGUGGCAGCCAGAGCAUGAUGGGAAGGGGCAUGACCAGUGGGCUAUUGACAACGUGGAACUUGUGCUGCCCAGAAGACAUCAGAUGUUGGGAAGGCAGGGGAAGUAGUAUGAUAAGUAACCAUGGUUACACUAAGAGAUGAUGGCAGACAUUGCAGAGCAAGUCCCAAGGCUGCACUGUUGUUUACCUAGCUGUUAUGUGUACUUGUCUGUGUUGAACAGUUUUGUACGACUAUCGGGUGUGAUUUUUGAUUGUGUUUCUUGGUAUACUGUCUCAUGCGUAUUUUGAAUGUUGUAGUCAAUGUUAUUUGUAGAGUUUAGUUAUUCAUCAACUGGUUGUUUUAUUUUGGAACUAAGGAACUUGAAACAGAUCAUCUGUCAGAGUGUUUAAUCAGAGUAGUUUUAUUUAUCUAAUUCUAUACAAUGUCACCAGACAUAUUUAGCAAGGUACAAGUAAGAAGGAAAAGAAACACAAUGGCAUAACUGUGACAGCAUAAAAGGGUUACAUGUACAUGUACACCGUGUACAGGUACGUGAGAUAUUGCCAAAUAUAGUAAUGCUCAUUUAUGUGACUGUGAGUGGGCACAUUUAGAUUUCCCUUACAAGUGGGUUGACCUCUGUUAAUGAGCUGCGAUGAUUCUUCGCUUUCAUCUUAUUUGACGUUGUCUCCUUUGUGUCUUGGCAGACAAUAUGGAUUGUUUAUUACAAGAAGAGUAAAGAAUAAACUCAUUAGAGAAAAAGAGCCAUAACAGCCAACAAUGGUCUUAUUUGUGCAAGAUGUGUAUCUUUUCCAAUAAAGGAAUAUUGUGCUGCAA